AUGAAUAUAACAAAAUUUAUUCUAAUCUUUCUUCCUCUAAUCUUACUAAAGUACGUUACGAGGAAGGACCUUAUUAGUUACGACAACUAUCUAUUGAAUACUAAUAUAAAGGGUUUAUUAAAGAGAAUUCUCUUGGUUAAAUAUGGAGAAAAAAGUGCAAAUAAGGAAACAGAUAUAGAUGAUGAGAAAGAAUAUAAAGAAUAUUUGGAAAAUAAAGGAUCAAAUGAAUUUGAUAAAGUGAAAUAUAAAUAUAUGGAUAAUGUAAAUUUUACUAUCCUUAAAAGCAGAAAAACGUAUAAACAUAUUUUAAACGAGUUCCUAGUUUUUUUAGGUUCUCAAUAUAGUACAGAUGAAAAAAUAGUAGUUCGUGUAAAAUUAAUUGAUAUAUUAUCCUUACUGUUUGUUCAUUAUAGAGACACUUUAAGUAAUUUUGAUCAUAUUGUAAACAGUUUUCAAGAUAGAAACAAAUUAAUGAAUUCCAUUGAAAACGAAUUUUUUAGAGAAUUUUUAGAUGAAAGAGAUAAUUACAUUCUUGAAGUAAAAAAUAUGUACUAUGAGGUGGAUUAUAAGGAUAAAGAAAAAGAAAAAAUUUUGAACAAAAAAAAAACAAUAUAUGAUAUUUUUUUGCAAAAUUGGAAAAAUGAUGGUUACCGUUUUUAUAGCAUUAAUAAUAAAAGAAAAUAUUAUGUACCAAAAAAACUUUAUCAUAAUAAAGGUAAAACCUAUUUACAUAAAAUAGAAGAGGACCAUAAUUUUAAAUGCCGUAAUUUGGUAUUUCCUCCAUCAAGAAAUGAUGAAAAUAGUUCAAAUGCACAGAAUCCAAAUAAUCAAGAAAAAUCUGCUUCUCCUACUUACAUAAGCAUGCAUGCAGAAGAUAAUGAGGUGGAAGAAACAGACCAGGAGUCAGAAGAACAGAUGAAACUUUUACACUUUGAAGAUAAGAACAAAAAAAAAAAAGAAGGUUCGAGCUCAUCAAAGGAUAAUAUAUUGCCUGAUAAUUCAAGUGAAGAUGGAUUUGAGGAAUUUUAUGACAAACAAAUUUGUCAUGCUUCUGAAAAUGAAAAUGUUGGUACAGGUAAUGAUAAUGCGGUUAGAAAUUUACUACCAGGAACAAGCUAUAAAAUGAAAAAGGAAUUUUUCUUAAGUGGAGUCUCAUUUAAUGUAAUCUCACUAAUAAAUGCCAUAACAUCAAACAAAGAUAAUAAAGUUGUUGCAAAAUUACACGAUGGUUUAAGAAAAUUAGGUAUAACUACAUUUGACCAUCUUGUUAGAUAUACCAAUAUUAUAGGAAUAUUUUUUUCGUAUGAUAUUUUUGAUGAAUUAUAUCUACAAAUUAAAUUAGUUAAAGAAUAUUUUGGACUUAAUAAAAAAAAAAAAAAUGAAUUUGGUCUAAUCGAAAAGGUAGAAAAGAAACAAAAAAGGAUAAUAUAUGGAGAAUAUAAAAUGAAUGAAGAUGAGAUGUUUACUCCACCAAAUUGUUUAACUGCAUACUGUAAAUUAAAAUCUGUAUGGAUCCAAAAUAGAAAUUUCACUUUUAACAUUGAAAGAACUGGUACAAAUAGUAUGAAUUUUAUGAUGUUAGGGGAUAUUGGUCAAGGAUUUGAGGAUGCGAAAGAAUUUGAUGUUCAGAAUAUGUUAAAUUUUAUGGGAUAUAAUGAAUUGAAAAGUACGGUUGAUACUAUGAAAAAAUGGCAUUUAGAAAAUAAUGCUGACUUUGUUAUAAAUUUAGGGGAUAAUGUACCAAAUGAAGGUGCAAUAAAUUAUAUUGAAAAUUUUCAAUGGUAUAAUUUAAUGAAGGAAUUCUUUGUUUUUAAAAAAAGGAGUGAAAAGGAAAUUAACACGAUGUUAGGAAAAAAUCCAAUUACUAAACAAAAUAUAGAUGAUUUUUACAAUGAAAAGAUAAAAGAAAUAAAGGAUGUUCGUUUGUAUGGAAAAACAAAAAAAAAUAAAAAGGAUUCAGAAAAUUCCAAUGCUGAUGAUGAUCUAAGUUAUUAUGACAAUAAUCGUAAAGAAUUAUAUCAAUUUGAUGAUGAUGAGAAAGAACAAGAGGAGGAUUAUACUGAAUCCAUUCCUUUUUAUUCAAUAUUAGGUGAAAAAGAUUAUUUUAAUUUUCCUAGUGAACAAAUACAAGAACAUUAUUCAAAGAGAAUACCAGGAUAUUUUAUGCCUAAUAACUAUUAUUGUGUUAAUUAUGAUUUUAGUUAUAGUAAAAGAGGUAUGGAUAAUGAAAUUAUUGAUCAAGAAAAAUUUAGGGCAUCUUUUAUAUUUAUUGAUACAUGGUCCCUAAUGGUCGGAUUCCCAAUUAUAAGAAAUUAUCGAUCAUUCCGUGAGCAAUUUAAUUGGUUAAGUAAAACAUUAUAUGAAAGUGCACAAAACAGUGAUUGGAUUUUUGUAUUCGGGCAUCAUCCAUUAAUUUCUAGCGGAAGAAGAGCUGAUAAUUAUUCAUAUGAGGAACAUUCAUUUCAUGACAUUUUAAGGGAUUUCCUUUUCAAUUAUAAUGUAGAUGCAUAUUUCAGUGCACAUGAUCAUUUAAUGGAGCAUAUUAAAUUUGGAAAUAUAGAUUUAUUUGUUAAUGGUUCUUCAUCCAGAGUAUUGUUUGAUAACUGUAAUAUGGGUAGAGGAUAUUUUGGUAAGGUAAUUGGAACAUUAUAUCCUGUUACUUGUUAUGUUUUAAAGACAAUUCACAGAGGACUAAAACCAAAGGGAUGUAAUGUGAAUAGGUAUUCUAAAUGGUCAAAUAAAAGGGACAUAGGAUUUAGUAUUCACAAAUUAACGAAGGAUGAAUUUAUAACGCAGUUUAUUAAUAGUAGAAAUGGAAAACCUCUUAGUGAUAAAAUUAUUAUAAAAAACAAAAAACAUGAAAGAAAGAAAUUUUAUGAUUUAGAUGGUUAUGCAGCGGAUAGAAUUAAAGAAUUAGAAAAAAAAUUAGAGGAGUUUAGAGCUCAAAAUCCGGAUUUAAUAAAAUUUAAAAUUGAGGAAUUUAAUGAAAAUACAAAUAAACUUAAUUCAAUCAUGAAAACAUUAAAAACAAAGGAAGAACAAGAUGCCUUCAAAGAAUUACUCUUCCUAAAUAAUCUUAUUUUUGACGUUUCAAAAUUUCUAGAUAAAAUAACCAUAGUUAAGUUAAAAGUAAUGCGUGAAUUGGCAGAAAAAUAUAGAAUAUUUUUUAACAAAGAACUUGUUAAUAAUAUCGUUGUAGCUAUAGAAAAAGCUGUAAAAGAAGAAAAUAACCAAAUGAAUGAACAUUUGGGUAAGGAAGGGGAUGAAAAUGAAGAUCCAGAAAUAACUAAAGAAAGAAGAGCACAGGUCGAAAAUGAAAAGAAAACAUUAGAAUUAAUAGAAACAUUAGGAUAUAGUCCAGAACAAUUUCUGGAUAAAAUCGAUUAUAUGACAAAAAAAGAAAAGGACAUGUUACAAGAAAAAAUUGGAAAAAAUGUGUCUCUAGAGGAUUAUGUGAAUAGAAUUAGGAUGUAUGUAAAUAAGAAAAAAUUAAGCCCAGAUCAAUUAGAAGAGUUGGCACUCAUGGAGGAAGAGAAAGAAAGUGCAGAUGCUCAGGAAGAAAAAGAAGAGCAAAACGAGAAUAACCCAAAACAAGAUUUCGAACAAAGUGACGAAGAAAAUAAAGGGCAAAAUAAUAAAGCAAUGAGUGAAAUUCCAUUAGAAAAAGAUGUUCAUAAAAAUAACAAAUAUUUAGUAAUUAGGGAAAGUAAACUGACAGAACCAAACUACGUUUUAUUAAUGUUAUGUUCUCUAAAAAGUUAUGAUGAAUCAAAAUAUGCAUUGAACUUAGAAUCAAAAAAAGAACAAAUAAAAACGAUUUCUUCAGCAAAUUAUAUAUAUACGAUAGAUAAUCACAAAACGUUUUUUCAAUUGUGUAUUGAACUAGCUCCAGAUAUUAAAAGAAUAAUUAGUAACCUUGGAGGUGUAGGAUUAAGACUACCAUUUUUUAAAUUAAUAAAUAAAUUAUAUGAUGAAAUAAUGAAAUUAAAAUUUGGGCUUGAUAGAAUUUCUACAUGA